CAGCUGAUUCGGUUGGAUGGAGUGUUUUCCUCUGAGCAGUUCAUCAUCAUCGCCGUCUCAUGUAGCCAUUUCUGUUUAGCAGAGAAAGCCUAACAGACCGACACCUCUGCCGAAAUGGCACAGGCCAACUCGUUUGAUGCAAACAGCUCUCAGAUUCAGGUGGAGCACGAUAAAAAGCGUCGGCAGUUUGUCAUAAGACUGAACGGAUCCCACGAUCGAGCAGUCCUCCUGUACGAAUACGUUGGGAAGAAGACGGUGGAUUUACAACACACAGAGGUUCCAGAUGCUUACAGAGGGAGAGGAAUUGCCAAACACCUGGCCAAGGCAGCCAUGGAUUUUGUGGUGGAGGAGGACCUGAAAGCUCACUUGACCUGCUGGUACAUCCAGAAAUAUGUUAAAGAGAACCCUCAGCCUCAGUACUUUGAACACAUCCAUCAAUGACCCAACAGGACAAGCAAAAAGACUUGAAAACAGAGACUGUGUGCAGUAAGUUUUAGGCAGGAGGUUUCCAGGAUACAACAAGAGAAGCCUCCGAAGCAUUGCUAAACGCAAAACCAAGUGAACGCAGGUGAUCUCAAACCAGAGCUGUCGCGUCAGGUGGAUGCGGACUGCUGGAGUAAACCGUGCGAUCUAGACUUGCAGAGACAAAGCAGCCCAAAGGUGGUGGCUUGUCCUUCCAGGACGUCGCCCCACCACUGACUUGAAGCAAACGUUGGUUACAACAAAAUGAUGUCCUCCUUUUAACUACAAGGUCAGACCGACUUUGUGUCUUUUUCAAGUACUCAGAUAAAGAGAAACUGUCAUCGUUACACUUAUAAUAUUGUAAAAUAAUGUUACUUUUAAGAUUUUCCAAUAUUACUCAUUUUUCUCUUAGUACAUUAAAGUAGUGCUACUACUGAAGAGUCUUGGAUGAAAAGACAUUUUUAAAACCCGGCUAUGAUUUCUUUGACAGAAGAAGAUGCGUUAGGGGUUGAUAUGCUAAGGAUUUUUAAUUACUUUAUUCCCCUUUCUCUUUAUUUAUUUAUCUUUUUUAUUUUUUUGAAACUCAGUUUGAGUACAGGAGUGGAAACUGAGCAUAUCCAUUCUGACUGUGAUACAAGAUGAACUUGAGGUUAGAGACACUGCUAUUAGUUAACACUUCAGUGCGGAUAUCUAUAUUUACUUCAGCUCAAACUGGCAUCAGUGGCGACACUCUUUAGAUUCAGGGCAUUUUUAUUUCUUAAAGUGUGUUAGUCCUUACUCUCCAAUUCAGGAAAAUUAGCUUUCUCUUCUCACCACAGGGAAAAAAAACCUGAGAAUUUGAGAUUUUGCUGUAGACAAUCGUCAGUGUUGAGGAGACAAAUACCUCAGGCUAACUCAACACACUCUGAAACACUUUCUACUGAUAGCUGCAAUAAAAAUCCCUUUUUGUAUAACUUUCAUAUGGUGGCAAAAGGCCAUAAACUGGCCAAGGCAUUUCUUUUUUUUGUCUUUUUUAUGUGGGUUUCUUUGGGUAUUUUUGUAAUAUUUGUUUUGUAUUGUUAAAACAAUGCCUGAUAUGUGUACUGAGCAGGUGGCUCAGUCUAACAGAUAUGUCCAAAUGUUCUUGUUACGCUGUUUUAUACUUGAUAUCGUUUUCUCUCUACUUGUUCUGAAUAAAUGACUCAUCUACUCAU